AUGAAUCUGUAAUAGAAGGUUAAUCAGAAUGAUCAUUACUGUGCAGGGUUCUAUCUUUAUUGCUACGUUUUCACUAUGUUUCAGUAGUGACUAAUGUAGUGGGGUGGUAAGGAAUUCAGUAGUGACUAAUGUAGUGGGGUGGUAAGGAAUUCAGUAGUGACUAAUGUAGUGGGGUGGUCAGGAAUUCAGUAGUGACUAAUGUAGUAGGGUGGUCAGGAAUUCAGUAGUGACUAAUGUAGUGGGGUGGUAAGGAAUUCAGUAGUGACUAAUGUAGUAGGGUGGUCAGGAAUUCAGUAGUGACUAAUGUAGUAGGGUGGUAAGGAAUUCAGUAGUGACUAAUGUAGUAGGGUGGUCAGGAAUUCAGUAGUGACUAAUGUAGUGGGGUGGUAAGGAAUUCCGUAGUGACUAAUGUAGUAGGGUGGUCAGGAAUUCAGUAGUGACUAAUGUAGUAGGGUGGUCAGGAAUUCAGUAGUGACUAAUGUAGUGGGGUGGUAAGGAAUUCAGUAGUGACUAAUGUAGUGGGGUGGUCAGGAAUUCAGUAGUGACUAAUGUAGUAGGGUGGGUCAGGAAUUCAGUAGUGACUAAUGUAGUGGGGUGGUAAGGAAUUCAGUAGUGACUAAUGUAGUGGGGUGGUAAGGAUUCAGUAGUGACUAAUGUAGUGGGGUGGUAAGGAAUUCAGUAGUGACUAAUGUAGUGGGGUGGUAAGGAAUUCAGUAGUGACUAAUGUAGUAGGGUGGUCAGGAAUUCAGUAGUGACUAAUGUAGUGGGGUGGUAAGGAAUUCAGUAGUGACUAAUGUAGUGGGGUGGUAAGGAAUUCAGUAGUGACUAAUGUAGUGGGGUGGUAAGGAAUUCAGUAGUGACUAAUGUAGUGGGGUGGUCAGGAAUUCAGUAGUGACUAAUGUAGUAGGGUGGUCAGGAAUUCAGUAGUGACUAAUGUAGUAGGGUGGUCAGGAAUUCAGUAGUGAGUAAUGUAGUGGGGUGGUCAGGAAGCGUGUCAGUAGGACUAAUGUAGUAGGGUGGUCAGGAAGCGUGUCCAGUAGGACUAAUGUAUAGGGUGGUCAGGAAGCAUGUCAGUAGUGACUAAUGUAGUAGGGUGGUCAGGAAGCGUGUCAGUAGUGGACUAAUGUAGUGGGGUGGUCAGGAAGCGUGUCGUAGUGACUAUGUAGUAGGGUGGUCAGGAAGGCGUGUCAGUAGUGACUAAUGUAGUGGGGUGGUCAGGAAGCGUGUCAGUAGUGACUAAUGUAGUGGGGUGGUCAGGAAGCGUGUCAGUAGUGACUAAUGUAGUAGGGUGGUCAGGAAGCGUGUCAGUAGUGACUAAUGUAGUGGGGUGGUCAGGAAGCGUGUCAGUAGUGACUAAUGUAGUAGGGUGGUCAGGAAGCGUGUCAGUAGUGACUAAUGUAGUAGGGUGGUCAGGAAGCGUGUCAGUAGUGACUAAUGUAGUAGGGUGGUCAGGAAGCGUGUCAGUAGGACUAAUGUAGUAGGGUGGUCAGGAAGCGUGUCAGUAGUGACUAAUGUAGUAGGGUGGUCAGGAAGCGUGUCAGUAGGGACUAAUGUAGUAGGGUGGUCAGGAAGCGUGUCAGUAGUGACUAAUGUAGUGGGGUGGUCAGGAAGCGUGUCAGUAGUGACUAAUGUAGUGGGGUGGUCAGGAAGCAUGUCAGUAGUGACUAAUGUAGUAGGGUGGUCAGGAAGCGUGUCAGUAGUGACUAAUGGUAGUAGGGUGGUCAUGAAGCGGUCAGUAGUGACUAAUGUAGUAGGGUGGGUCAGGAAGCGUGUCAGUAGUGACUAAUGUAGUAGGGUGGUCAGGAAGCGUGUCAGUAGGACUAAAUGUAGUAGGGUGGUCAGGAAGCGUGGUCAGUAGUGGACUAAUGUAGUGGGGUGGUCAGGAAGCGUGUCAGUAGUGACUACUGUAGUAGGGUGGUCAGGAAGCGUGUCAGUAGUGACUAAUGUAGUAGGGUGGUCAGGAAUGCGUGUCAGUAAGUGACUAAUGUAGUGGGGUGGUCAGGAAGCGUGUCAGUAGUGACUAAUGUAGUGGGGGGUGGUCAGGAAGCGUGUCAGUAGUGACUAGUGUAGUAGGGUGGUCAGGAAGCGUGUCAGUAGUGACUAAAUGUAGUAGGGGUGGUCAGGAAGCGUGUCAGUAGUGACUAAAUGUAGUAGGGGGUGGUCAGGAGCGUGUCAGUAGUGACUAAUGUAGUAGGGUGGUCAGGAAGCGUGUCAGUAGUGACUAAUGUAGUUGAGGGUGGUCAGGAAGCGUGUCAGUAGGACUAAUGUAGUAGGGUGGUCAGGAAGCGUGUCAGUAGUGACUAAUGUAGUUGGGUGGUCAGGAAGCGUGUCAGUAGGACUAAUGUAGUAGGGUGGUCAGGAAGCGUGUCAGUAGUGACUAAUGUAGUUGGGGUGGUCAGGAAGCGUGUCCAGUAGUGACUAAUGUAGUAGGGUGGUCAGGAAGCGUGUCAGUAGUGACUAAUGUAGUAGGGUGGUCAGGAAGCGUGUCAGUAGGACUAAUGUAGUAGGGUGGUCAGGAAGCGUGUCAGUAGGACUAAUGUAGUAGGGUGGUCAGGAAGCGUGUCAGUAGUGACUAAUGUAGUAGGGUGGUCAGGAAGCGUGUCAGUAGUGACUAAUGUAGUAGGGUGGUCAGGAAGCGUGUCAGUAGUGACUAAUGUAGUAGGGUGGUCAGGAAGCGUGUCAGUAGUGACUAAUGUAGUAGGUGGUCAGGAAGCCGUGUCAGUAGUGACUAAUGUAGUAGGGUGGGUCAGGAAGCGUGUCCAGUAGUGACUAAUGUAGUAGGGUGGUCAGGGAAGCGUGUCAGUAGUGACUAAUGUAGUAGGGGUGGUCAGGAAGCUGGUCAGUAGGACUAAUGUAGUUAGGGUGGUCAGGAAGCGUGUCAGUGGUGACUAAUGUAGUAGGGUGGUCAGGAAGCGUGUCAGUAGUGACUAAUGUAGUAGGGUGGUCAGGAAGCGUGUCAUAGGACUAAUGUAGUGGGGUGGUCAGGAAGCGUGUCAGUAGUGACUAAUGUAGUUGGGUGGUCAAGGAAGCGUGUCAGUAGUGACUAAUGUAGUAGGGGUGGUCAGGAAUUCAGUAGUGACUAAUGUAGUGGGGUGGUCAGGAAGCGUGUCAGUAGGACUAAUGUAGUAGGGUGGUCAGGAAGCGUGUCAGUAGUGACUAAUGUAGUAGGGUGGUCAGGAAGCGUGUCAGUAGUGACUAAUGUAGUAGGGUGGUCAGGAAGCGAGUCAGUAGGACUAAUGUAGUAGGGUGGUCAGGAAGCGUGUCAGUAGUGACUAAUGUAGUAGGGUGGUCAGGAAGCGUGUCAGUAGAACUAAUGUAGUGGGGUGGUCAGGAAGCGUGUCAGUAGUGACUAAUGUAGUAGGGUGGUCAGGAAGCGUGUCAGUAGUGACUAAUGUAGUAGGGUGGUCAGGAAGCAUGUCAGUAGUGACUAAUGUAGUGGGGUGGUCAGGAAGCGUGUCAGUAGGACUAAUGUAGUAGGGUGGUCAGGAAGCGUGUCAGUAGUGACUAAUGUAGUAGGGUGGUCAGGAAGCGUGUCAGUAGUGACUAAUGUAGUGGGGUGGUCAGGAAGCGUGUCAGUAGGACUAUGUAGUAGGGUGGUCAGGAAGCGUGUCAGUAGUGACUAAUGUAGUAGGGUGGUCAGGAAGCGUGUCAGUAGUGACUAAUGUAGUAGGGUGUUCAGGAAGCGUGUCAGUAGGACUAAUGUAGUAGGGUGGUCAGGAAGCGUGUCAGUAGUGACUAAUGUAGUGGGGUGGUCAGGAAGCGUGUCAGUAGUGACUAAUGUAGUAGGGUGGUCAGGAAGCGUGUCAGUAGUGACUAAUGUAGUAGGGUGGUCAGGAAGCGUGUCAGUAGUGACUAAUGUAGUAGGGUGGUCAGGAAGCGUGUCAGUAGUGACUAAUGUAGUAGGGUGGUCAGGAAGCGUGUCAGUAGUGACUAAUGUAGUAGGGUGGUCAGGAAGCGUGUCAGUAGGACUAAUGUAGUAGGGUGGUCAGGAAGCGUGUCAGUAGUGACUAAUGUAGUAGGGUGGUUAGGAAGCGUGUCAGUAGUGACUAAUGUAGUAGGGUGGUCAGGAAGCGUGUCAGUAGUGACUAAUGUAGUGGGGUGGUCAGGAAGCGUGUCCAGUAGUGACUAAUGUAGUAGGGUGGUCAGGAAGCGUGUCAGUAGUGACUAAUGUAGUAGGGUGGUCAUGAAGCGUGUCAGUAGUGACUAUGUAGUAGGUUGGUCAGGAAGCUGUCAGUAGUGACUAUGUCGGGGGUGGUCAGGAAGCGUGUCAGUAGUGACUAAUGUGUAGGGUGGUCAGGAAGCGUGUCAGUAGGACUAAUGUAGUAGGGUGGUCAGAAGCGUGUCAGUAGUGACUAAUGUAGUGGGAUGGUCAUGAACGUGUCAGUAGUGACUAAUGUGUAGGGUGGUCAGGAAGCGUGUCAGUAGGACUAAUGUAGUAGGGUGGUCAGGAAGCGUGUCAGUAGUGACUAAUGUAGUGGGGUGGUCAGGAAGCGUGUCAGUAGACUAAUGUAGUAGGGUGGUCAGAAGCGUGUCAGUAUGACUAAUGUAGUAGGUGGUCAGGAAGCGUGUCAGUAGUGACUAAUGUAGUGGGUGGUCAGGAAGCGUGUCAGUAGUGACUAAUGUAGUAGGGUGGUCAGGAGCGUGUCAGUAGGACUAAUUAGUAGGGUGGUCAGGAAAGCGUGUCAGUAGACAAUGUAGUAGGGGUCAGGAAGCAUGUCAGUAGUGACUAAUGUAGUGGGGUGGUCAGAGCUGUCAGUAGGACUAAUGUAGUGGGUGGUCAGAAGCGUGUCAGUGUGACUAAUGUAGUAGGGUGGUCAGGAAGCGUGUCGUAGUGACCUAUGUAGUGGGGUGGUCAGAAUUCAGUAGUGACUAUGUAGUAGGGUGGUCAGGAAGCGUGUCAGUAGUGACUAAUGUAGUAGGUGGUCAGGAGCGUGUCAGUAGUGACUAAUGUAGUAGGGUGGUCAGGAAGCGUGUCAGUAGUGACUAAUGUAGUAGGGUGGUCAGGAGCGUGUCAUGUAGUGACUAAUGUAGUAGGGUGGUCAGGAAGCGUGUCAGUAGUGACUAAUGUAGUAGGGUGGUCAGGAAGCGUGUCAGUAUACGUAUGUAGUAGGGUGGUCAGGAGCGUGUCAUAGUGACUAAUUAGUAGGGUGGUUAGGAAGCGUGUCAGUAGUGACUAAUGUAGUAGGGUGUCAGGAAGCGUGUCAGUAGUGACUAAUGUUAGUGGGGUGGUCAGGAGCGUGUCAGUAGUGACUAAUGUAGUAGGGUGGUCAGGAGCGUGUCAGUAGUGACUAAUGUAGUAGGUGGUCCAGGAAGCGUGUCAGUAGUGACUAAUGUAGUAGGGUGGUCAGGAAGCGUGUCCGUAGUGACUAAUGUAGUGGGGUGGUCAGGAAGCGUGUCAGUAGACUAAUGUAUAGGGUGGUCGGAAGCGGUCAGUAGUGACUAAUGUAGUGGGUGUCAGGAAGCGUGUCAGUAGUGACUAAUGUAGUAGGGUGGUCAGGAGCGUGUCAGUAGUGACUAAUGUAGUGGGGUGGUCAGGAAGCGUGUCAGUAGGACUAAUGUAGUAGGGUGGUCAGAACGUGUCAGUAGUGACUAAUGUAGUGGGUGGUCAGGAAGCGUGUCAGUAGGACUAAUGUAGUAGGGUGGUCAGGAACGUGUCAGUAGUGACUAAUGUAGUGGGGUGGUCAGGAAGCGUGUCAGUAGGACUAAUGUAGUAGGGUGGUCAGAAGCGUGUCAGUAGUGACUAAUGUAGUGGGGUGGUCAGGAAGCGUGUCAGUAGUGACUAAUGUAGUGGGGUGUCAGGAAGCGUGUCAGUAGUGACUAAUGUAGUAGGUGGUCAGGAAGCGUGUCAGUAGUGACUAAUGUAGUAUGUGGUCAGGAAGGUGUCAUAGUGACUAAUGUAGUAGGGUGGUCAGGAAGCGUGUCAGUAGGACUAAUGUAGUAGGGUGGUCAGGAAGCGUGUCAGUAGUGACUAAUGUAGUAGGGUGGUCAGGAAGCGUGUCAGUAGGACUAAUGUAGGAGGGUGGUCAGGAAGCGUGUCAGUAGGACUAAUGUAGUAGGGUGGUCAGGAAGUGUGUCAGUAGUGACUAAUGUAGUAGGUGGUCAGGAAGCGUGUCAGUAGGACUAAUGUAGGAGGGUGGUCAGGAAGCGUGUCAGUAGGACUAAUGUAGUAGGGUGGUCAGGAAGUGUGUCAGUAGUGACUAAUGUAGUAGGGUGGUCAGGAAGCGUGUCAGUAGUUGACUAAUGUAGUAGGGUGGUCAGGAAGCGGUGUCAGUUAGGACUAAUGUAGUAGGGGUGGUCAGGAAGCGUGUCAGUAGGACUAAUGUAGUGGGGGUGGUCAGGAAGCGUGUCAGUAGUGACUAAUGUAGUGGGGUGGUCAGGAAGCGUGUCAGUAGUGACUAAUGUAGUAGGAUGGUCAGGAAGCGUGUCAGUAGUGACUAAUGUAGUAGGGUGGUCAGGAAGCGUGUCAGUAGGACUAAUGUAGUGGGGUGGUCAGGAAGUGUGUCAGUAGUGACUAAUGUAGUAGGGUGGUCAGGAAGCGUGUCAGUAGUGACUAAUGUAGUAGGAUGGUCAGGAAGCGUGUCAGUAGGACUAAUGUAGUGGGGUGGUCAGGAAGCGUGUCAGUAGUGACUAAUGUAGUAGGGUGGUCAGGAAGCGUGUCAGUAGUGACUAAUGUAGUAGGAUGGUCAGGAAGCGUGUCAGUAGUGACUAAUGUAGUAGGGUGGUCAGGAAGCGUGUCAGUAGGACUAAUGUAGUAGGGUGGUCAGGAAGCGUGUCAGUAGUGACUAAUGUAGUAGGGUGGUCAGGAAGCGUGUCAGUAGGACAUACUGUAUGUCUACCUCACGUGUUGGAAGACGUGUGCUGAAAGUUUGGGGAAAAAUAGGAUACACAUUCUUUCCCCAUAGGGCUCUGGUCAAAAGUAGUGCACUAUAUAGGGAAUAGGAUUCCAUUUAAUUUAAAGUAGUGCACUAUAUAGGGAAUAGGAUUCCAUUUAAUUUAAAGUAGUGCACUAUAUAGGGAAUAGGGUGCCAUUUAAUUUUAAGUAGUGCACUAUAUAGGGAAUAGGGUGCCAUUUAAUUUAAUGUAGUGCACUAUAUAGGGAAUAGGGUGCCAUUUAAUUUAAUGUAGUGCACUAAAUAGGGAAUAGGGUGCCAUUUAAUGUAAAGUAGUGCACUAUAUAGGGAAUAGGAUUCCAUUUAAUUUAAUGUAGUGCACUAUAUAGGGAAUAGGAUUCCAUUUAAUUUAAAGUAGUGCACUAUAUAGGGAAUAGGAUUCCAUUUAAUUUAAAGUAGUGCACUAUAUAGGGAAUAGGGUGCCAUUUAAUUUAAUGUAGUGCACUAUAUAGGGAAUAGGAUGCCAUUUAAUUUAAAGUAGUGCACUAUAUAGGGAAUAGGAUUCCAUUUAAUUUAAAGUAGUGCACUAUAUAGGGAAUAGGGUGCCAUUUAAUUUAAUGUAGUGCACUAUAUAGGGAAUAGGAUGCCAUUUAAUUUAAAGUAGUGCACUAUAUAGGGAAUAGGAUGCCAUUUAAUUUAAAGUAGUGCACUAUAUAGGGAAUAGGGUGCCAUUUAAUUUAAUGUAGUGCACUAUAUAGGGAAUAGGAUGCCAUUUAAUUUAAAGUAGUGCACUAUAUAGGGAAUAGGGUGCCAUUUGGGACAUAUUCGCCCACUCUCUUGGUGCUCAGUUUAACUCAGCUGUUUUUCUCAGAGAACAGUGGUAUAUUAUCUUAGACUGAGAUGCAUAAAAAUGACGUUUGAGCCAACUGCCUGUAUGUAGAUGUAUUCAGGACAGAACAGCUUGUUUAUAUGUUAUUGGGUUUAGACAAGGACAAUGAGGCCCUAUCACUCAGUGAUGUCAGAUAAUAAAGGGGAAAAAACACACAGACACACAUAAAAAGAGAGGGGAGGUGGGUAUUGACGUCAUCUUUCAACUACAGAGGGACAUUCCUGAUGACACCUACCAUUCCCAUGGCAACUCUGACUCCCACUCGGAACGCCUCGGCUCGUCCAAUGCGGUUGCAGUGUUAUUUGCAGAGAGAGAGAGAGAGAGAGAGAGAGAGAGAGAGAGAGAGAGAGAGAGAGAGAGAGACAGAGACAGAGACAGAGAGAGAGGGGCACAUUGCAGCCUCUUCAGUUCUGAGAGUAAUGUAGGAGAGGAACUGGGUGUAAUUGUGUUGCUCAUGGAUGAGGGAGCACUGCUAUAAGAGCGAUUGUGCUGAUCCCAGAGCUGUGACGUCCUCAUCACAUUCAUUACUGCUGCAGAAAUACCAACCAACACUGGGCCUCUACGAUCCCCCAACACACACACAGGCAUGCAGACUACACACACAGAGACAUGCAGACUACACACACAGACAUGCAGACUACACACACACACAGACAUGCAGACUACACACACACACAGACAUGCAGACUACACACACACACAGACAUGCAGACUACACACACACACAGACAUGCAGACUACACACACACAGACAUGCAGACUACACACACACACAGGCAUGCAGACUACACACACACACAGGCAUGCAGACUACACACACACAGACAUGCAGACUACACACACAAACAGACAUGCAGACUACACACACACAGACAUGCAGACUACACACACACACACAGGCAUGCAGACUACACACACAGACAUGCAGACUACACACACACAGACAUGCAGACUACACACACACACACAUACAUGCAGACUACACACACACACACAGGCAUGCAGACUACACACACAGACAUGCAGACUACACACACACACAGACAUGCAGACUACACACACACACAGACAUUUUUCAUUACUACUAAUUAUAUUUACUAGCACAAUAAUUAUAUUUACUAGCACAGUAAUAAUAUUUACUAGCACAGUAAUGAUAUUUACUAGCACAGUAAUGAUAUUUACUAGCACAGUAAUAAUAUUUACUAGCACAGUAAUGAUAUUUACUAGCACAGUAAUUAUAUUUACUAGCACAGUAAUUAUAUUUACUAGCACAGUAAUGAGAUUUACUAGCACAGUAAUGAUAUUUACUAGCACAGUAAUUAUAUUUACUAGCACAGUAAUGAUAUUUACUAGCACAGUAAUAAUAUUUACUAGCACAGUAAUGAGAUUUACUAGCACAGUAAUGAUAUUUACUAGCACAGUAAUUAUAUUUACUAGCACAGUAAUUAUAUUUACUAGCACAGUAAUUAUAGAAGUAAUAUUUACUAGCACAGUAUGAGAUUUACUAGCACAGUAAUGAUAUUUACUAGCACAGUAAUAAUAUUUACUAGCACAGUAAUGAUAUUUACUAGCACAGUAAUGAGAUUUACUAGCACAGUAAUGAUAUUUACUAGCACAGUAAUGAUAUCUACUAGCACAGUAAUGAUAUCUCUCAAGGUUGUGUUGCAACACUGUGAAGUCAGUGCUAUGACAUGGCCUUUACAGUCCAUAAUGAUGACAAUGAUUACCCAGAAACCAGAAACCUAUGAAUGGUAGUAUUUUAUCUGGUAACUAUUUGGUUAUGAGUCUACUGCUGACUUCUCUAAAUUAUUUUAAAUGUAACUCUCUUUCCAUCUCUCUCUAUCUCUCUCCUCUGCUCAGUGCGUCCACUACAGACCUGUCGGGCUACGACCCAGGUUACCUGAGGAAGAGCCCAGACCAGUACAGUUCUAGAGGAAGUAUGGAGAGCCUUGGGGAGCAGCACAGCCACCCAGCGUACAGGUGCUGCUCUUUUUAACAUUCUAAGUGUUUUAUCCUCAAUCAUUUUGAAUGUGUGUAAUGCUGUCGGUCUCCGGUGUAACUGUAAUGAUCUAAUCAAUUCAUUCAAUCAAGUAAGGAUCAAAGUACUCCUCUCCUAGCUCCCUCGUCUACUUGACUUUACUACUCUCCUCUCCUUCCACUCCACUCCCUCACUGCCUCUCCUAUCCUCUCCUCGUCCUCCUCUCCUGCUCUUACUUACCUCUUCGUCCCUACGAUACUCCUCUCGUCUCCUGUCCUCUCCUCUCCACUCCACCCCACUCCCUCGCCUCAUCCCUCUCCUCUGCCGAUCUCCUCUCCUGCUCCUCUCCUCCCUCUCCUCUGCUACUUUACUCUCCUGCUCCUCCCUCUCUCUCCUCCUCUCCUCUCUCUCCUCUCCCUCCCUCUCCUCUCCUCUUCUCCUCUCCUCUCCUCUCCUCUCCUCCGCUCCCUCUCCGCUCCGCUCCUCUCCCUCCUCCCUCCCUCCCUACUCCACUUCAUCCCUCCACUCUCCCUCAGUCUUACUCCUCUCCUUCGUCUCCCUCCUCCUCCCUACAGCGUCUUGUCCACUCUUCUCUCCUCUCACUCUCCCUCCUACUCUCCUCUCUCCACUCACUCCAUCCCAUCUACUCUCUACAGUCUCCUGCCACCAGCUGUCUGCCUCCAAGUCCUCCAACAGCAUGGACCACCUUCACAGCAAAAGGGACUCAGCCUACUCCUCCUUCUCCACCAGCUCUAGUAUCCCAGAGUACCUAGCGGCCGCUCCGACCUUUAGUAAGGAGAGGUCAUACUCCAUGGAGACGGUUCCACAGAGGGGUGGGGUUAGCGGAGGAGGGGGAGGGGCUGUGGCGGAGGGCAGGCAGCACGCUGACAUCCAAUACGUCCGUACAAUCUACGACCCCCAGCAGGGCGGUGCCCAAGAGCACGAGGUCAGCUCCGCUGCGUUGCUCCGCAACCACGAGGCCAGCAGGGUGGGUUCUCGUAGUGGGGGCAGGGCCUCCUGUCACCGCGGCAGCAGUAGCAGUUGUAACAGCAGUGGCGGAAGCAAUGGCGGUAGUAACCAUGGUAAUAACCCCAAACGCCACAGCGUUGGGCCGAUCUGGGGCCAGUCUCAGUCCGCCAGCUGCAGUUCCUAUGAAAGCCUGAAGGGGGCACCGGCUCCUCCCAUGCGGAGUGACAGCUACGCAGCCAUCAGGCACCACGAGAGGCCCAAUUCCUGGUCCAGCCUGGAGCAGACUCGCUCACUCAGGGCUCUCCACAAGGGGUCCACCUCCUCCUGUCACCACUCCUCUGGCUCCGUGGCCUCCGGCUUGGGGAAGGGCUCCUACGGGGCCGAGGGACAGCUCCACACCGUCAUAGAGAAGAGUCCUGAGAGCAGGUAUUUAGUCUAUUCUAUCGUAUCCAUUUGCUUCUACGGAAGUCAGGAGUUGUGCUUUUUUAACCAGACAUCAGUACUCUGUCUACGUGUCUCUGAUGUAGACAUGUGUACAGGUAACUGCCAAAAUAAAGGAAACACCAACAUAAAGUGUCUUAAUAGGGCGUUGGGUCCACCACGAGCCAGAACAGCUUCAAUGCACCUUGGCGUAGAUUCUACAGGCGUCUUAAACUCUAUUGGAGGGAUGUGACAUCAUUCUUCCAAGAUAAAUUCCAUAACUUGGUGUUUUGCUGACGGUGGUGGAAAACGCUGUCUCAGGCCGCGCUCCAGAAUCUCCCAUAAGUGUUCGAUUGGGUUGAGAUCUGGUGACUGAGACGGCCAUGGCAUAUGGGUUUACAUCGUUUUCAUGCUCAUCAAACCAUUCAGUGACCACUAGUGCCCUGUGGAUGGGGGCAUUGUCAUCCUAUGGGGGCAUAGCCAUGGUAGCCAAAAUAAUGGCCUGCCCUGCAUUUUUAUACAUAAUGGGAUGUUAAUUGCUUAAUUAACUCAGGAACCACACCUGUGUGGAAGCAUUCGGAAAGUAUUCAGACCCCUUGACUUUUUCCACAUUUUGUUACGUUACAGCCUUAUUCUGGAAAAUAGAUUAAAUAGUUUUUUUGUCGUCAUCAAUCUACACACAAUACGACAUAAUGACAAAGCUCUGUAGCUCAGCUGGUAGAGCACGGCGCUUGUAACGCCAAGGUAGUGGGUUCGAUCCCCGGGACCACCCAUACACAAAAAUGUAUGCACGCAUGACUGUAAGUCGCUUUGGAUAAAAGCGUCUUCUAAAAGGCAUAUUAUUAUUAUUAUUAUUAAAGCAAAAACAGGUUUUUUAGAUUUUUUUUGCAAAUGUCCAAAAUAAUAUAUAUAUAUUCAGACCCUUUACUCAGUACUUUGUUGAAGCACCUUGGCAGCGAUUACAGCCUCAAGUCUUCUUGGGUAUGAUGCUACAAGCUUGGCACACCUGUAGUUUGGGAGUUUCUCCCAUUCUUCUCUGCAGAUCCUCUCAAGCUCUGUCAGGUUGGAUGGGGAGCGUCGCUGCACAUCUAUUUUCAGGUCUCUCCAGAGAUGUUCGAUCGGGUUCAAGUCCGGGCUCUGGCUGGACCACUCAAGGACAUUCAGAGACUUGUCCUGAAGCCACAACUGGGUUGUCUUGGCUGUGUGCUUAGAGCUUGUUGUCCUGUUGGAAGGUGAACCUUCGCCCCAGUCUGAGGUCCUGAGCGCUCUGGAGCAUGUUUUCAUCAAGGAUCUCUCUGUACUUUGCUCCGUUCAUCUUUCCCUAGAUCCUGACUAGUCUCUCAGUCCGUGCCAUUGAAAAACAUCCCCACAGAAUGAUGCUGCCACCACCAUGUUUCACUGUAGGGAUGGUGCCAGGUUUCCUCCAGACGUGACGCUUGGCAUUCAGGCAUAGGAGUUCAAUCUUGGUUUCAUCAGACCAGAGAAUCUUGUUUCUCAUGGUCUGACAGUCUUUAGGUGCCUUUUGGCAAACUCCAAGCGGGCUGUCAUGUGCCUUUCCGUCUGGCCACUCUAUCAUAAAAGCCUGAUUGUUGGAGUGCUGCAGAGAUGGUUGUCCUUCUGGAAGGUUCUCCGAUCACCACAGAGUAACUCUGGAGUUCCAUCCGGUUCUUGUUCACCUCCCUGACCAAGGUCCUUCUCCCCCGUUUGCUUAGUUUGGCCGGGUGGCCAGCUCUAGGUAGAGUCUUGGUGGUUCCGAACUUCUUCCAUUUAAGAAUGAUGGCGGCCACUGUGUUCUUGGGGACCUUCAAUGCUGCAGACAUUUGUUGGUACCUUUCCCCAGAUCUGUGCCUUGACACAAUCCUGUCUCGGAGCUCUACGGACAAUUCCUUUGACCCCAUCGCUUGGUUCUUGCUCUGACAUGCACUGUCAACUGUGUGACCUUAUAUAGACAGGUGUGUGUGCCUUUCCAAAUCAUGUCCAAUCAAUUGAAUUUACCACAGGUGGACUCCAAUCAAGUUGUAGAAACAUCUCAAGGAUGAUCAAUGGAAACAGGAUGCACCUGAGCUCAAUUUCGAGUCUCAUAGCAAAGGGUCUGAAUACUUAUGUAAAUAAGGUAUUGCUUGUUUUAAAUUUUUUAUAAAUUUGUCCCAAAAAAAUGUAAAACCUGUUUUCGCUUUGUCAUUAUGGGGUAUUGUGUGUAGAUUGAUGAGGGGAAAAAAUAAUUUAAUAAAUUUUAGAAUAAGGCUGUAACGUAACAACAUCUACUGUACUUUGUAUCCCUCAUGUACUCCAGUGUUUCCUUUAUUUUGGCAGUUACAUGUUCUGUUGUUGUUGUCUUUGCUGGUUAAAUCCAGUUUCUCCUUGUUGGAUGAAUAGUUUCUUAUUUUUCUUCUAGCCCCACCACCAAGCCCAAACAGGGCAUGGGUCAGGGCUUCCUCCAGCCCCCUCAGCCCCAGAAUACAUCUGGCUGCCUCAUGCUGCCCACUCCAGAGCCCCACUAUGCACAGAUGCCCACCAGCAGCCCCAGCCCCAGCCCCAACCCCAGCCCCAGCAGUGUGUACCCAGCCCUGGCCAGGGAGAGCAGCCUGAGCAGGCAGAGAGAGCUCCAGGGGUUAGGGUUGGGGGUCAGUGUGGAUACAGGGAUGGCGGUAGCAUUAGAGAACACUUCCUACGUCACCUCUUCCAACCAGCCUCAGCAUCAUGACUUUGCUCAGCCUCCACUCAAACAGCCAGCCUAUCCAGCUCAGCCUGUUGACAGAGGGGGCGACAGAGGACAUGAGGAGACCCAAACCAAACUGGGUCUCUACAGGUCUCAUGUGAAGGGGGAGGGCCAGACCGUCUCCCGAAGGCAAAGCCAGCAGGGGCAAGGUCAGAGGCAGGGUCAUGGUCAGGGUCAGGCGUACAGACCCUCCUCAGCCCAGUCCAUAGGCCAGGAGAGGAGGGACCCAUACACUCCAGUCCAGCCGCGGGGAGAGAGGUCACCCAGGUAUUCCCAGGGCUCAGAGAGCUACACUGAGAACCACCAACAGGGACAGGUCAGACACAGUGAACACAGCCAUCCAGACUCUCAGCUUCCCACUACCAAGGGCCCCGUUCCUCAGGGGAUCAGGAGCAGCAGUGGCCUGAUCAUCGGGUGGCCUGAUCAUCGGGUCAACAACCAGAGGUCCAGGUCCCCCCUCCGGCACUACAGCGACCCCAGUCCACCCCACCAUCAGAGGAACCAGAGGGGACCAGAGCACCCCCUGACCCGGCUGGAGAACGCCCUAGCGGAGGUCCAGCGCUGUGCCAGUCCGGAGAGCCCCGCUACGAGCUGGAGCGGCCACCAGAGGAGCCCGUCUGUCCUGGAGAAGGUGAAUCGGUUUGAGCGCCGUGAGCAGGAGCAGGGGAAGCAGAGGAGUCAAAGCACCAGCGCCAGCCACAACAACCUGGGACCCUCCUCCUCCCGUCCAACACAGCGCCAGCACCAUGAGAGGGCCAUGAGCCACGGUGCGGGUAUGGAUGACCUGCGGAACAUGCUGGAGAGAAGCAGCAGCCCCAGCAGCACCUGCAGAACACGGUGCUCCUCCUCUAGCUCACGUCAUGGGAAAGCUACGGUGGCCCACGAGGGUCAUCAUUACGCAGAGCAGCAAAUGCCAGGGAGUUGUGACCAGGCCAAGCCCCAGACCUCCAGGGACCCCCACCACCAGCCUAACCCCCAGGACCCUCACCCUGGCUCGGCCCUACAGAGGAGCAGGAGCACCUUCCAACUGGGGAGCCAGGAGGAGAGCGACCGUGACAGGGACAGGUAACUGUUCUACUGUACCUAUGUGAAUGAUAUAUGUUCAGUUUAUUGUUGUCAGAACCAUUUCACCAGGUCUUCUUCGUGGUACAUGUUAAUGUGCGUGGUGAAUAAAGGUGAUUCUGAUUUUGACAGAGAGUUCCAUUGGAGGGAUGGCCUGCAGGACCUACUGGGGACCAUCCAGGACACGUCCUUUAACCGGGCCUACAGGGACUGUAUCAAGGACGCCCAGUCCAAGGUGCUCCGAUCCACAUCCUUCAGACGCAGGGACCUGGGAAUCAGCGCCAGCUCUAUCCAGAGCUCCAACAACCCCCCUCCUGGUGUCAACAACAACCCCCCUCCCGUCCCCGCUAAGAGGAAGGCGGUGGCCCCCAGUCCCAGCCUCAAACCCUCCACUGUCACCACCACUGUCCCAGCCUCUGCCCCAGCCACCUCCCUGUCCCCUCACACCCCCAGAGAGAGGCACACGAUCACCACCCCAGACCCAGUCCCAGCCCCAACCACCUCUCCCUCCCCUCACACUCCCAGAGAGAGGCACACGAUCACCACCCCAGACCCAGUCCCAGCCCCAACCACCUCUCCCUCCCCUCACACCCCCAGAGAGAGGCACCUUGUCACCCCGGAGCCCGAGAGGUUCAGCCCCCCAGAGCUCCCCAGCGUCCAGGCCUUGGGCCCACCAGUCCCGGCCCGUAUCGGGGGGCGUAAGAGGUUCACCAUGGAGCAGAAGAAGAGGUCGUACUCCGAGCCAGAGAACAUGCACGAGGUGGGUCAAAGUAUCCAGGGGGCCAAUCGACUGCUGUUGUGCCCAUGAGCAAAGCACUUAAAAAGGUAGACUCAGCGAGAUGGCAUUGCAACAAACAGCACCACCGAUAUUGAGAUGAGCGCGAUGUAAGACUCGCACAGAUUAUCUGCACCGGGUGCGCUUCGCGCUGCUACAAUGUGGUAGCUACGAGACCGAAACAGGUCUCGUUUAGCCUCAGGCUUCAACGCUCUUAGUUGUUAGUUGUUCAACGCUCUUAGUUUACCUCACCCUUUACUGUUCUCCACUGUGGCUGACCCUGUGCCUCCAAACCCUUACUGUUUUCUGCAAGAUAAUGGACAACAAAGAUUUCUUCCUCUUCCUCUUCCAGGUGGGGUUAGAGUCUGACGCGAGGAGGAGCACCCAACACCAGCAGAUCCUGUUCCCAGGCACAGAGACCAGCGUGGCGGACCGCAGGAGGAUGUUUGAGAAGGCCGCCAGUCGCAGCCUGAGCUCCAGCUCCCAGACUCCCCAGGGCCUCCAGAUCUCCCAGACUCCACAGGGCCUCCAGGGCUCGCAGGCUGGUCUAGCCGUGUCCCGGCCGGAGCUCCGGCAGCUGCAGCAGGACGCCCUGGCCGACUACAUGGAGAGGAAGAGAGGCUGGAGGACAGACAGGGACAGCUCCGAGGGGAGACAGCAUCGUCACCGGCCCCACAGUGCCUACCUCCAUCCUUUCACAGACACCCAGAGUGUCUCUUCCACCUCCACCACCAGCCUAGCCUCUCUCCAGGAGCUGCUUGGCCCAGACAGCAGCCUCUUUGGUGAGGAAAGGCUCUGCUCCACCCUGCCUCCCGGUCUGCAGCUCCAGGGCUGUGUCUACCCAGGCAGGGUGACCGCACCACACAUCCAUGCCCAGGCCCCCACCUCAGUCUCCACCUCCCACCAAUACCCCACUGGAUCUGGAUCCCACAGGCCUCUGGAGGGAGAGCCAGCCCCAGGCCAGGCCUACGAGGCUUUCCAGAGCCAGGGGUUUUCCCAGCGAGGCGAUGGGGCCUUUGAAAGAGCGGCUCCAGCCCGGAGCUCUGGGAAGUCUUCCUCAGCGGAGGAUCUUCUGGAGCACUCUGAGGAGAAGCCUGCACCACAGCACUUCAGAUCACGCUCCUCGCCCUCUGGAGAGAGGAUCAACCAGGUAGAGUACAUCUGUCUUUUAGAUUUUUUUAUAAUGAAAUGCUACUCUGGGACAGUUCCAAAAUAGAGGCACCACGCAAUUCAGUUCCAUAAAAACAUGCUUUAGCUGUAUAUCUCAGGUUAGAUCGUUGGUGCUGGCUUUCCAACUAGUGCUGGCACAAUUAUUGUAUAAUCGUGUAAUUUUUUUAUUUUUUUCACCUUUAUUUAACCAGGUAAGCCAGUUGAGAACAGGUUCUCAUUUACAACUGCGACCUGGCCAAGAUAAAGCAAAGUAGUGCAAUAAAAACAACACAGAGUUACAUAUGGGGUAAAAAAAACAUAAAGUCAGAAAUACAACAGAAAAUGUAUAUACAGUGUGUGCAAAUGUAGCAAGUUAUGGAGGUAAGGCAAUAAAUAGGCUAUAGUGCAGAAUAAUUACAAUAGUAUUAACACUGGAAUGCUAGAUGUGCAAGAGAUUAUGUGCAAAUAGAGAUACUGGGGUGCAAAAGAGCAAAAUAAAUAACAAUAUAGGGAUGAGGUAGUUGGGUGGGCUAAUUUCAGAUGGGCUGUGUACAGGUGCAGUGAUCGGUAAACUGCUCUGACAACUGAUGCUUAAAGUUAUUGAGGGAGAUAAGAGUCUCCAGCUUCAGAGAUUUUUGCAAUUCGUUCCAGUCAUUGGCAGCAGAGAACUGGAAGGAAUGGCGGCCAAAGGAGGUGUUGGCUUUGGGAAUGACCAGUGAGAUAUACCUGCUGGAGCGCAGACUACGGGUGACUACGGGUAACCAACAAUUAUGGACAACAACCUUGAAUUUAAAAAAAAAUGAUACAUUUAUUUUAGGAGUAGGGAGGCUUGAACUUCAUAUUCAAGUAGAUAUACAGUGAGGGGAAAAAGUAUUUGACCCCCUGCUGAUUUUGUACAUUUGCCCACUGACAAAGAAAUGAUCAGUCUAUCAUUUUAAUGGUAGGUUUAUUUGAACAGUGAGAGACAGAAUAACAACAACAAAAUCCAGAAAAACGCAUGUCAAAAAUGUUAUAAAUUUAUUUGCAUUUUAAUGAGGGAAAUAAGUAUUUGACCCCCUCUCAAUCAGAAAGAUUUCUGGCUCCCAGGUGUCAUUUAUACAGGUAACGAGCUGAGAUUAGGAGCACACUCUUAAAGGGAGUGCUCCUAAUCUCAGCUUGUUACCUGUAUAAAAGACACCUGUCCACAGAAGCAAUCAAUCAAUCAGAUUCCAAACUCUCCACCAUGGCCAAGACCAAAGAGCUCUCCAAGGCUGUCAGGGACAAGAUUGUAGACAUACACAAGGCUGGAAUGGGCUAAAAGACCAUCGCCAAGCAGCUUGGUGAGAAGGUCACAACAGUUGGUGUGAUUAUUCGCAAAUGGAAGAAACACAAAAUAACUGUCAAUCUCCCUCGGCCUGGGGCUCCAUGCAAGAUCUCACCUCGUGGAGUUGCAAUGAUCAUGAGAACGGUGAGGAAUCAGCCCAGAACUACACGGGAGGAUCUUGUCAAUGAUCUCAAGGCAGCUGGGACCAUAGUCACCAAGAAAACAAUUGGUAACACACUACGCCGUGAAGGACUGAAAUCCUGCAGCGCCCGCAAGGUCCCCCUGCUCAAGAAAGCACAUAUACAGGCCCGUCUGAAGUUUGCCAAUGAACAUCUGAAUGAUUCAGAGGAGAACUGGGUGAAAGUGUUGUGGUCAGAUGAGACCAAAAUGGAGCUCUUUGGCAUCAACUCAACUCGCCGUGUUUGGAAGGAGGAGGAAUGCUGCCUAUGAACCCCAAGAACACCAUCCCCACCGUCAAACAUGGAGGUGGAAACAUUAUGCUUUGGGGGUGUUUUUCUGCUAAGGGGACAGGACACCUUCACCGCAUCAAAGGGACGAUGGACGGGACCAUGUACCGUCAAAUCUUGGGUGAGAACCUCCUUCCCUCAGCCAGGGCAUUGAAAAUGGGUCGUGGAUGGGUAUUCCAGCAUGACAAUGACCCAAAACACAUGGCCAAGGGAAAAAAGGAGUGGCUCAAGAAGAAGCACAUUAUGGUCCUGGAGUGGCCUAGCCAGUCUCCAGACCUUAAUCCCAUAGAAAAUCUGUGGAGGGAGCUGAAGGUUCGAGUUGCCUAACGUCAGCCUCGAAACCUUAAUGACUUGGAGAAGAUCUGCAAAGAGGAGUGGGACAAAAUCCCUCCUGAGAUGUGUGCAAACCUGGUGGCCAACUACAAGAAACGUCUGACCUCCGUGAUUGCCAACAAGGGUUUUGCCACCAAGUACUAAGUCAUGUUUUGCAGAGGGGGUCAAAUACUUAUUUCCCUCAUUAAAAUGCAAAUCAAUUUAUAACAUUUUUGACAUGCCUUUGUCUGGAUUUUUGUUGUUGUUGUUAUUCUGUCUCUCACUGUUCAAAUAAACCUACCAUUAAAAUUAUAGACUGAUCAUUUCUUUGUCAGUGGGCAAACAUACAAAAUCAGCAGGGGAUCAAAUACUUUUUUCCCUCACUGUAGUUUACCCAAUAGCAGUUAAGUGGGUAAAGUUCAUAAUAUAAUGUUAAGAGUAGAACGGGAGGAGAAGCUUUGUUUUUGAGUCAGGGAUCUGCGUUCAAAGAUCAAAAGCUCAAAAAAAUUUUCUACAAAAAUAACAAGACUAAAAGCUCAAAUAUUUUUCUACAAAAAUAACAAUAACCGUGACUAUUUCCAUGACAAUUAAUCUUUCCCAAAAUUCCAUAAUCGUCACAGCCAACUACUAUGGGUGCUGUCGUGCCAAACCGCUCCGUGGUGUCAAAAAACAAAAACAAUAGUCCUAAAAGGAGCUGAUGCUACCCUCCUCUGGCCUGACUUGGUAUCUGCGACCUUGCGGAGAGCAGGCACAUAACCCUACUCUGGAGGAUGAGCAUCCCAGGGGUCAGGAGAGGUCAGUAGAGGUUAGGAGAGGUCAGGAGAGGUCAGCAGGGGUUGUAGAUCAUUCUACUCAGCUGGGCUCUAAACACCAGCCCCUCCUCCUGACUACAGCUGGCACAUAAAGCAUAUCCUGGUCACCGGUCUGUUUCGGCUGUCAUUCCACUUGUGCUCUGUGUCAUAUGCCAAAGUUUAGACACGGAGUACAAGGGACUGGAAUUAUAGCUAAACAGAUUGGCAGCCAGACUCCAUAAAGCAACCUGGAAAGCUAAGCGCCACAUGAUAACCGACGUGGGCAGAGUAGAUGGCUCUGCUGCAGAGUCCGUUUCUGUUGGGGGGGGCGUUAAACAAGGACACCCUUUAUUACCAGAUCUAUUUUUUAGAAAUAGUAACGUCGUGUCUUAUGUCACGUACUGUACUGUGUUCUCUGAGGGGUGGUGACAGGGUGAGUCUACGUAGCAGUUCAAUGUAACAUCGAUAGGUUUAGGCUACUACAUGAUACUCAUAUUUUCCCCUAUACCCUCUUCAUGAGGUUGCUACAACCUAGCCUAUACGAGGUGAAUGACAGUGUUCACAUGGACAGACAGUGACAUUCAAUACCGCCUUGCACACUCUUGCCCGCAUGUAGCUGAUCUAUAGGGUAUAAUCAUUAGUCCAACAGUUGCAAACAAGAGUUUCUAUUGGACAAAUUCAGGAAUGUUUAUCCCCGUUUCUUUUGCUUCCAUUUAAGGAACGUUUUUCAACACAAUCGGCGGAAUGAAUACACCCGUGAUCACACGUAAACACAGUUGACUUUCAGAGCAGCCAUGUUGUAUUCCUUCUCGCAUCUACACACUCUCCUCCUCUCACCUUUUCCCUUCGCGUGUGGACUUCACAAUGCACAACACAUCAGCUGUAUGUGACCAGACAAAAAAAACUUUCCAAGCCAAACCAUGUCAUAACCGCUACACACAGCCUACAUCAUUGUCCCCAUAUUAGCUAAAGUAACGUCAUAGUCAACAUAGCUAAUAGAAUUAACGCGUUAGUAAACCCGCUACAAUCAUGCAGGACAGGGUUAAGUCAGUAAGCAGUUUAGCAGUUACACCGGCGGGCCCCGGGGGCAAUACAUUUGUAAAACCAAAAGCUUACCUUGACUUGGAAGAGUUCCAGUGUUGUGUUGGAUAGUCAUAGCCAGCUAGCUAACAUAGCAUCCCUCUGUUUGAGCCAGGUGUUUGAGUAGACUAAACUAGCUUGCUGCAUUUGCUAGCUAAGUAAGUGAAAGUGAAAAAAAUGACAAGAUAUCUCUCUCUUCGCGUCUCCUUCAUUUUUGAAUAAAUUAAUUUGUUGAAAACUGUUCAACCAUUGUCUUUCUCUCUCUUUUAGUCAACUACUCACCACAUUUUUUUGAACUGCAGUGCUAGCUAGCUGUAGCUUAUGCUUUCAGUACUAGAUUCAUUCUCUGAUCCUUUGAUUGGGUGGACAACAUGUCAGUUCAUGCUGCAAGAGCUCUGAUAGGUUGGAGGAUGUCCUCCAGAAGUUGUCAUAAUUACUGUGUAAGUCUAUGGAUGGGGGUGAGAGCCAUGAUCCUCCUAGGUUUUGUAAUGAAGUCAAUGUACCCAGAGGAGGAUGGAAGCUAGCUGUCCUCCGGCUACACCAUGGUGCUACCCUACAGAGUGCUGUUGAGGCUACUGUAGACCUUCAUUGCAAAACAGUGUGUGAAUAUAUUUAGUAUAGUUCUAUCUAAAAAGGAUAACUUUUAAAAUGUUUUAACUAUUAUGUUAGCUAGGGGGAUUAUUUAGUUAGUUUAUGAAAUAUGCAUUCUGCAAAAAGAAAGACAAUUGGCGCAGAUCUGUCAUUCAGGCCAUGUGCUUGCAUUCAUUAUGAGAUAAGUAGCUAAUGCUAGCUAAAUUAGAACGUGUGACUAAAACCAGUGCGGCAAGCAUUUGCCUGCAUAAACAUUUUCAGUCAUCAGCGCGUGCCAUUUGCAGUUGAAAUUGAAAUGUACAGCCUAUACAUUUUGUAUUGAACAACAGUGUAAUGUGCAUAUGGUUUAUGUAAGAAAACACAGCUGGCUUAUGCUCUAGUGAUGUGCAGUUCGAACGAUUAGUUAUUUUUGAACAACUCUUUACUGACUCGAGAGUCAUGAUUCGUCUUUCUGAGUGACUAGUUCAUUUUAGUUGUUAGUUUGACCUGCUGGCCGCAAUUAAUUCUACAGCAGGAUUAAUACACGAUCCUCCGGCUCAGUGGCUCCGGAGACGUGCUCUGACCAGUAACUGUCUAUAAUACGCGCGCUGAAACAUAGAUCACGCCGCAUAGAGAAGGAAAAUACAUGUUUAGAACUGAUAAAUGCAAGAACCACAACAUACACAGCCAGCCUCUGUUCAACAUUCGAACUUGAGAACGAAUCGUUCGGGUGUCUGCUGCAGUUCGUAAGCGAUAGCCUAUUGGGCAAAUCUCCCUCGUGGCAGUCAUGCAAUUGCAUUCCGUUCACAAUCUAGCCCGGUUGCAGCUGCAACGAGACCUCAUUUCAAAGGUAUCAAUAAAUCAUCUUUAUUUGUAUGCCUAGCAAUCACAAAUUGCAUUGUUUGAAGCACAGUUUUAUAAGUUUCGGUCACCGAUGACGGCUCCAAUAAGCCCCAUAUGCAUAGCUGCGGGAAGAUGUUGGGUGGUGCUUAAAUGUUUUUGCAUGCGCUACAGACGCUAUAUCGGUCCACUAACACAAGACUAGUAAAGGCCGAGUGCACUACUUUUUGUGAAAAAAAUUAUUAUUGGGGGAAUUCAUAUAUUUUUUUUAUUAUGUUUUUCAGGGGGUUCUUUACCCUCAGCACCUCUACUUCCUGCGGCUAUGCCCCUAUGGUGAACGAGAGGCUUGUAGAAUCAUGAUUCUUUCAAGUUUUUAGUUCAUCGUUCGCCGGAAGGGGGUCCUGCGUGCUCUGGGCGUUACUGACUCAAAUGAACUAAAUGAGUCGUAAGAUUUGUUAUUUUGACUGAACGAGUCGAAAAGAUCAAUGUCAGUAAAAGAGCGACGGCUAAUAACACAAUGAAUGAGUUUUCAUACGUUGCAAUGCUGGUUGCUAUGCUGGUUGCUAUGCUGUUCUGCCAUGAUUAGUGCACCGAGUUCUGCAGCAGCUGACUGCGUUAGCUAACGAUAGCUAAGACCUUAUCAUUUUGAUCAAAUGUUACAAAGUAGCAAGCCACACCAGUGCCAGCUGUCAAAGCCCAUUUCUGAGAACAGACCCUUAACUUUGGUGCAGUAAAAUACUUUAUCAGCAAGCUGGCAAACUAGCUACCGAGCAAAAUCUGGAGAUGAGUUCCACGAUUUGCCAGACAGAUGGCUCCUGGCGACUGAGUGUCGCGUUAGAAUGACGCCAUCUGAUGGAAGACAAUGGUAGUGUAUGUAGCUAUGCUCUCAGAGAGGGAUCUUGUGACUGCUUACAGACGAUCUCUCUGCACAAUCUGGAAACACACACAGACACACACAGACACAGCACCAGUGUGGAGACAUAAUCCCACUAUGAUUCAUCCUCUCUAACGUAGCUACAGUAUAGACCCACCAUGACGCCAGGGGAAGUAUCCCCCCCAGAACAUUUAUACUCAACGUAAACACUAAUAAUCAUAAAAUGUGCGUCCGAAUGUCACCCUAUUCCCUAUCUAGUGCACUACUUUUGACCAGAGCCUGCUGUUUUCCAAUCCUACUGUGUGUGUGUUUUUCCUAAAUAGAUCACUAUCCAUAACCUCUGUGUCAGCCUGAAUCACUCUGGAAUGUUAUGGUUUACCUCACCUUCCCCUUCUCCAAGUAACCAUCCUCUAUCCCCUCUCUCUCUUCUGCUCUCUGCUUCCCCAGCGGGCCCUCUCUCUCUCCUCAACUCUCUCCCCUUCCUCUGGCUCUCCCCUCCCUUCCCCUACUCUCUACGGUCUCGUUCCCGACCCCUCUGCUCUCCCUCUCUCCCCCUCUCCGUCAUCCUCUCUCCCGCUCUCUCUCGUCCCUCUCGUCCCCUCCUUCCCUCUGCUCUCAGAGGACCAGUCUGGCAAGCUCUCUUAAACAACCCCAGCACUGAUACUCUGGGCAGCUACCGCCAAACGCGAGACCUCUCUCUCCCUCUCUCACUCCCCCCCCCCCUCUCUAGCUCUCCUCACCAUCUCUAGCGUCUCAUCUCUCCUCUCCCCUAUCUCUCUCUCUAUCUCUCACCAUCUCUCAGCUCUCUCUCCCUCCUCACCCUAUCUCUCUCUCUCUCCCCCUCUCUCUCUCUAUUCUUUCUCCUCCCUUCCUUCCCCUCCCCCCUCUCUCUCUCUCUCUCCCUCUCUGCCCCCCCCCCCCUCUCUCUCCAUCUCCUUUCAGGACUUCAUGGCAGGAGGAGAUCCGAGGAUGUUUGAGGUCUUCUCUAAUGAACCCCAGCUGUUCACUCACCAUGACAACAACAGGUCUGUUUCCAUGGAGAUAGAUCCUUCUGUGUGCACCUCAAAUGGAACCAUAUUCCCUAGAUCAGGGCUGGCCAACCCUCUUCUUGGAGAGCUACCCUCUUCCUGGAGAUCUACCGUCCCUGUGGGUUUUCAGUCCAACCCUAAUUUAACACACCUUAUUCUACAUAUUAGCUGCUCAACAAGACCUUAACCAGCUGAAUCAGAUACGCUAAAUUAGGGUUGGACUGAAAACCUACAGGACGGUAGAUAAUAAUAAUAAUAAUAAUAAUAAUAAUAAUAUGCCAUUUAGCAGACGCUUUUAUCCAAAGCGACUUACAGUCACGUGCGCAUACAUUUUUACGUAUGGGUGGUCCCGGGGAUCGAACCCACUACCCUGGCGUUACAAGCGCCGUGCUCUACGAAUUGAGCUACAGAGGACCGGAAGAUCUCCAGGAAGCGGGUUGGGCAGCCCCAUAAGGCUCCGGGCCCAUAGGGCUCUGGUCAAAAGUAGUGCAUUAUAUAGGGAAUAGGGUGCCAUUUAAUUUAAUGUAGUGCACUAUAUAGGGAAUAGGGUGCCAUUUAAUUUAAAGUAGUGCACUAUAUAGGGAAUAGGGUGCCAUUUAAUUUAAAGUAGUGCACUAUAUAGGGAAUAGGGUGCCAUUUAAUUUAAAGUAGUGCACUAUAUAGGGAAUAGGGUGCCAUUUAAUUUAAAGUAGUGCACUAUAUAGAGAAUAGGGUGCCAUUCUCUGGUCAAAAGUAGUGCACUAUAUAGGGAAUAGGGUGCCAUUAGCAGGGGAAAAAAAGUCGUUCUAGAUAAGAGCGUCUGCUAAAUGACAAAUGUAAACAAAUGUAAAUGUGGGAUACACACUGUCUGUCUGUCAGAUUCAUUACAUAUACAACGGUGAAAUAACCAACAGUACUCCUCUCACGUACUCAUCUUGUUAGUUAAGGCCAAAGGGUUUUCCACUUUAGUCAUCCCAAAAGUUCUGAUGAUCUCUCAGAUUUUUUUUCCUCUCAAAGAACUAAGUUUAUGAUGGGAACUGAGAAAAUGUUUAUUUAAACAUGCAGCAGACUUUUAAGGUAAUAGCCCCUGGUCAGAUCCUUACUUGGUCAGCAGCACAGUGUUCUACUGUUCUGUUCACUGCUAUUUUAGAGCAGGAUUGUCCUGGUUGCAGCAGAAUUCCUGGCAUUUAGAAGGAAAACCCCUGGCAUAGAGGGAGGGAAACAGAGAUUAAAAAUAGCAUGCCAGGGAUGGAUGUGAUUGGGGAAAGAGGGGUAGGCACUCAUACACUUAACAGGUUUGUGUGUGUGUGUGUGUGUGUGUGUGUGUGUGUUUGUUUGUUUGUUUGUUUGCAUGUUAUGUGUUUAUUUCUCCUCAGGUCCAUGGACAAGCAGCGUUCAAAGCGUCCCAUCUCAGCCUCCCAGUCCCAGCACGCGGACACCCAUUACCUGCUGAAUCAGGGCCCUUCCCAAAGCAACACCCCUGUGAUGAGGAGAGAGAGGCAGAGGAACACCGACCGCCAGCGGGCCCUUAGUGCCUCCGGCCUGGCUGCCUCCGUAGGUCUACCCUGCCCCUUCUCCUCCAUGGGCACCAGCCCCGGCACUAGCCUUGACUGGCAGGUAUGUCUGUCUGUCUGUCUGUCUGUCUGUCUGUCUGUCUGUCUGUCUGUCUGUCUGUCUGUCUGUCUGUCUGUCUGUCCGGCUGUCCGUCUGUCUGUCUGUCUGUCUGUCUGUCUGUCUGUCCGGCUGAAAGUUUCUGUGUUGCCUUUAUUUAACCAGGUAAGUAAUUGCGAACACAUUUUAUUUGACAGUAAUGACCUGGCCAAGAUAGAGUUUGGUUUGUGAUAUAUUCUAGAUUGUUACCAGACACAUUUCCCUUAGGGACAAUGAAGUAUUCAUGAAUUCAUUCAGGUCAGCGAGAGGCUAAGCCAGGCCAACCUGGAUGCCAUCGUCUUCCCCUGCCCGCUGCAGGUUGGCACUCCCAGAGCCGUGUCCCCAGAGACCAGGAGGAGCCCCACAGCACAUCAGUGCCAGGACCAGGGUCUGCAGACCAGGACCAGACUGGGCUCAUCAGACACCAGCACCUCAGAGGAGACCCUGAAAGACUUCCCCAGAGAGAAUCCAUCCACUGCACCAAAGACCACCCCACCCCCCGUCCUACCUAAAACCAUCCCACCCCUGGUCCUACCUAAAACCAUCCCACCCCUGGUCCUACCUAAAACCAUACCACCCCCGGUCCUACCUAAAACCACCCCACCCCCGGUCCUACCUAAAACCGCCGCACCCCCACCUAAGACCUCUCCAACCCCACCUUCUCCUAAAACCUCUCCCAGACCACACCCCCUGCUCUCCCUCCGCAUCUCAGAGUCCAACCUGCAGGAGACCCCGCCCACACAGGUAGUCUGCUUACAGGACUAUGACGAGGUGUUCCUCCAGGAUCUGGCCCCUCCCUCCCCUCCUCCUCCCCCGCUCCCCAUCAGGGAGACGGACAUCACAGAGGACUUCCCCCCUCCCCCUCUCCUGCCUUCCUCCUCACCCCCAGACGGAGCGGAGCAGGAAGAGAACCGUCGGCCUGGGCUACGACACCUCAACAGGUACAACAGGCUUUGUCACCACCACACAUUACUACUGUACAAUAUUACAAAGGUUUUCCAACUAUUCUAAUGUGCAUAGACAAAGAGACACUGACAAGUUCAACAUAACACCUGAUAUAAUGCAACAAUGUUGAAAAUGUUCCAAUCCUUUAGAAAAUUGUCCACUCACCAUUGUGUCAUGUGUUCUGUCUGUUUCUAUCCACGCAGCUGUGAGUUCCUGGAGGUUGUGUGUCCAGAGAGAAGACCAUCUAUCCCCUCCCUUUCCCCUCAGACAGUCCCCCCCUCUAUUCCCCAGCCUGAGAUCCCCGACCCACCAGACCCCCAUCACCCCCAGCAGCAGUAUCCCAGAUCUCCAGCAAGUGCCUAGCGGUAAGGAAAGCCUGGGGUUAGAGUACCGUCUCCUGGCCAGGAGGGAGAGGUCUGCUGGGGAGCUGAAGGUGGAAGCCCUGGUCAGACAGCUGGUGUCCCGGGGGGAUAAGACCCUGAGCCCGGUGCUGGACACCUGGCCCGGGGGUUGGACGGACCAGCACCAUGGACCUGAUGGAAGAGAUCUUCCCAGCGGGGGGAGGGAGGUUGCCGUGGCAACGCCGUAGGAGCAGCACCUGGCUGGAGGACAGGUGAGAGGGGGAGGAGACAAGGGAAGAGGGGACGGGAGGGGAGGUGGAGGAGGAGAGAGAGGUGGGGUGAGGUCUUGUAGUAACCCAGAGGGACUGAGGAAGUAUGUGUGUUUGUGUGUGCGCUUGGUGUGUGUGUGUGUGUGUGUGUUUUAUUCCUGUUAUGUAGCUUAAUGAUAGGUUAGACUAUUUGAUCAGGGUUCAUUAACAACAGGUAGGCUAUAACAGUCUGGUUACAUUAUGGCUCAGUUUAUUGCUUGAAUUCACAAAACAACUUGGUGUUUCACAGUACGGAUAUUGCAAUUUAUUGCCCUGGCCAAAUCUGCAGUCCUCAUGCCUCCUUGCAGCAUGCCUAAGGCACGUUCACGCAGAUGAGCAGGGACCCUGGGCAUCUUUCUUUUGGUGUUUUUCAGAGUCAGUAGAAAGGCCUCUUUAGUGUCCUAAGUUUUCAUAACUGUGACCUUAAUUGCCUACCGUCUAUAAGCUGUUAGUGUCUUAACGACCGUUCCACAGGUGCAUGUUCAUUAAUUGUUUAUGGUUCAUUGAAGAAGCAUGGGAAACAGUGUUUUAAACCCUUUACAAUGAAGAUCUGUGAAGUUAUUUGGAUUUUUACCAAUUAUCUUUGAAAGACAGGGUCCUGAAAAAGGGACGUUUCUUUUUGCUGUUUAUAUCAACUUUGGUUCUCUAAACGAACGGACGGCUCAUGACAAGAGGCAGGGAGUGUGUUGUGUACCUCCAAUCAAGUUGAUUUGCUAAUUUUCAUCGAGACUGGUGUCAUAUUGGCUUAGGUAUAUGGUAGGGAGAUUUGAAUUUAACAUUGAGCUUCAAUCAAUGCCUAUAUACUAUAGGGGCUAUCGCCCCCACAAUAAUCUGGUCAUGAGCAAGGGAAAGGAUAUCAUAUCUCACAGGGUUUUCAAGGUGAAAUUGCUAAGUGUCUUUUUAAAAGUCAACCUGUUUUUUGUUUUCAUCAUGAACAUUAUCGUUUCGAGAGAGAGAGAGAGGGAGGGAGGUCCCACAGAUAGGAUGACAGUUUACUCUGACGCCAGAGAACGAUGACUGCUGAGACCUGCUGAUAUCCAGGCUGUAGUGUAGAGCUCUCUCUCCCCACGCUGGAGUCAGGCGACGUCAUACAGACUGGGUCUAUGGAAGCUGAACAACACUGCCCUGUAAUGGAAGAUGGAACGUACAAUGAGUCUGGGUUGGUUAAAGGUACAUUGAGUCUGGGUUGGUUAAAGGUACAUUGAGUCUGGGUUGGUUUAAAGGUACAUUGAGUCUGGGUUGGUUAAAGGUACAUUGAGUCUGGGUUGGUUAAAGGUACAUUGAGUCUGGGUUGGUUAAAGGCACAUUGAGUCUGGGUUGGUUAAAGGUACAUUGAGUCUGGGUUGGUUAAAGGUACAUUGAGUCUGGGUUGGUUAAAGGUACAUUGAGUCUGGGUUGGUUAAAGGUACAUUGAGUCUGGGUUGGUUAAAGGUACAUUGAGUCUGGGUUGGUUAAAGGUACAUUGAGUCUGGGUUGGUUAAAGGUACAUUGAGUCUGGGUUGGUUAAAGGUACAUUGAGUCUGGGUUGGUUAAAGGUACAUUGAGUCUGGGUUGGUUAAAGAAUGGCAGCAGUGACCUCUACUGACAUGAUUUAACACAGAAGGUUGAAGGACUAAACGAGUCCUUCCCUUUUCUGUGGUAGAGAAGUCUCAGAUCCUAUACACUGUAUUAAAUACAAUACUACUAUUGUUUGGCCAGAAAUGGCUAUUUUACGAGGCAAUUAUUGUUCACAAAGAAACAUAUGCACAAUGAUAUUCUUGACAGUUGGGUUUUAGGAUAGUGAAUGUAUGGAAGAGAUGUUGUGAACUUGUAUCAAAAACAUGUUUCAAUAUUAAAUGUAUUAUAUUAAAGUAGGUUCAGUGGACAGUUCUUUUAGAUUCCGUGGUGUCGCAGUUACAUCCGUUCUGUUCUCUGAGGAGGAUCAGGUUGAGUGUGAUUGAUUAAGUAUGACCCGAUUCUACUGUGGAAUGUUGUUCUCUCUCAACAUUCUAUUCUGCCUGUCCGUGUCCGUCCUGCAAAAUAGGGCCAGUCAUGAAACCAAACCAGUCCGAGCUUAUUCCUUAUAGCAGUACUGCUUGUUGCUUACUGCUUGUUAAUUGUUGCUUACUGCUUGUUAAUUGUUGUUUACUGCUUGUUGCUUGUUGCUUACUGCUGGUUGCUUGUUAAUUGUUGCUUACUGCUUGUUGCUUACUGCUGGUUGCUUGUUCAUUGUUGCUUACUGCUUACUGCUUGUUGCUUACCGCUUGUGGCUUGUUAAUUGUUGCUUACUGCUUGUUGCUUGUUAAUAGUUGCUUACUGCUUACUGCUUGUUGCUUACUGCUUGUUGCUUGUUAAUUGUUGCUUACUGCUUGGUGCUUACUGCUUGUUAAUUGUUGCUUACUGCUUGGUGCUUACUGCUUGUUAAUCGCUCCUUACUGCUUGUUGCUUAUUCUGCAGUAUGUGUCAGUUUCAGUCAGGAGUUUUGGUGUCUAAUGUGUCAGUGUAUUCCAGUGGUAAUAAUGGUAACUGUUGCCCACAUUCUUGUCUCUGUUCUUGUAGAAGACAAGAUGGCGUCUGUUCUACAGGACCCAGUCUGCUGCAGAAAACAGAGGGGGAACGAGGGAUGGAGACAGAUCUGGAUGAGGAGGAGGCAGACCUCAAUCAGAAAAAGGUCUGAACUUUAAUACCUUACAUUCAUCUUUGAAUUAACUGGCUGAUAUAAAAUCCAUCUCAAUUAAAAGGAAAAUUGAAGACAAAAAAUGCCCAUCCAACCUCUGGUCCUCAUGGUCCAGGAGAUGUACAUAUCUCUGGGUGAACAGGAGUGGUAAACCAUUCAGGAGAUGUACAUAUCUCUGGGUAAAGAGGAGUGGUAAACCAUUCAGGAGAUGUACAUAUCUCUGGGUGAACAGGAGUGGUAAACCAUUCAGGAGAUGUACAUAUCUCUGGGUAAAGAGGAGUGGUAAACCAUUUAGGAGAUGUACAUAUCUCUGGGUAAACAGGAGUGGUAAACCAUUCAGGAGACUUAUGCUAACAAUAAACAUACAUAUACAUUGUUGGUGCCAACUCCUCCCUUCUCCUCUCCACCCGCCCACCAGGUGGAGCUACUCCAGGCUCUGACCCUUAGCGUUGCCUCACUCCGAGAGGAGAGAGAGGUUCUGGGUGAGGAGCAGAGGAGGUUCUGGGCCCUAGGGGGCCACAUGGAGAGCCUGGUCCAGGAGCACUGUAAGCCCAACGAGAAGGAGAAGUACAGGAUGUUCAUCGGGGACCUGGAUAAGAUAGUCAACCUGUUGAUGUCUCUGUGUGGCCGGCUGGCCCGUGUCCACAACGCUCUCUAUGCCCUGGACAGAGAGGAGGAGACAGAGGACAGUGCAGAGGAGAGGGUAAGAUAUUAAAACAACUACAGCACGGGACACACUCUUUUCAGCCACGACCGGAAGUUAUUUUCGUAGCAGGUUAGGAGAGCAUUUCCCCUAACCCUUUUCCUAACCUUAAUUGAAUUCUCCUAACCUGCUACCUUAAUUCUCCUAACCUGCUACCUUAAUUAUCCUAACCUGCUACCUUAAUUCUCCUAACCUGCUACCUUAAUUCUCCUAACCUGCUACCUUAAUUCUCCUAACCUGCUACCUUAAUUCUCCUAACCUGCUACCUUAAUUCUCCUAACCUGCUACCUUAAUUCUCCUAACCUGCUACGUAAAAAUCCCUUCCGGCCAUAGCUGUAUCGAAGUGCCGUGAAAAGAGAGUUUCAUUCUCUGACGUCCUGGUCUUGUAUCCUGAUAGAGCGUGUUAUAUUCAGCGAUAUCUCACCUGGUCUUGUAUCCUGAUAGAGCGUGUUAUAUUCAGCGAUAUCUCACCUGGUCUUGUACCCUGAUAGAGCGUGUUAUAUUCAGCGAUAUCUCACCUGGUCUUGUAUCCUGAUAGAGCGUGUUAUAUUCAGCGAUAUCUCACCUGGUCUUGUAUCCUGAUAGAGCGUGUUAUAUUCAGCGAUAUCUCACCUGGUCUUGUAUCCUGAUAGAGCGUGUUAUAUUCAGCGAUAAAGGUGUAAAUCCUACUAAUUACUACACGUGCUUAAUUAUGCCAUUUUUGACUUCGCCGUGGGCUUUGAACGGGGCACCCGGGAGGCAGCCAGGUUCCAAAUCGAAUGCAAUCAACUUUCAGCCGAUGCAAAACACGCCUACACGGGCGCCCGGGCGAGAUGAAUCAAACCUCCUCGAUGACGCUGCAAGCAGCCAUGGUGGGGUUCAAGCUAGGACUGUGUAUACAGACUUUAUUGAAUAGUUUAAUGAAUUACAUUUGUGUCCAGAUUUCAGUCAGAAUUUAAAAUGUACUAAUUUAGUCACGUAUUGGACACCAUAAUGCAAAACCAUUUAAAUAAUAUAGCUGUAAGCAGCCAUGCCGUGGUUCAAGCUUAAUUAAAACGUAUUUAGUAAUUUACAGCUUCAUCUAAAUGUAUUUUGUAAUUAACAGAUCCUAGGACUCUGUAAGGACAACAUAUCACAUAGUUUCUUAGUUAUGCAUUGUUUACAUUUGGAGGGGUGUGUUCUUACUCAUUGUCCCCCCUCCCACUUUCUCCUUAUUUGGCAAAACCCACCCUUUAGCCCCCCUUCCUCGACAGAGAAGAUUGAGCAGGUUAUUUUUUGCUGGAAGCACCCGGAUAAGACUCAUAUGCUUCAAACACACAGUCAGCACACCACUAUAUACACGGCACUCUCUGAGGUAUUAUAGAACAUCUUCUAAUAGUUGCCUUUCACCGAGCCGCAGAGGAGGCUGGGGGUUAUGCAGAGUAGCCGGGCCGUGCUGGGGCUGUGAUUGAUGUCAUCAGACAAAAGACAGGCCUUUUUCUGCCCUCCUUUCUCCCACUCUUUGCUAGGCUAGUAGGAACUAAACUGAUCCUAAAUGUGAUCUAGUGGCAGCUUCUCUCACAGAGCUGAAAGGAGUCAGGCUUCGUUUGUGUGCUUCAAACUCUUCUACAUCUGCAAAACAGCAGAAACUCUCUCCAACAAGGAGAGGGCAGACUAAACAAGGACAUUUGUGCUAAACACUCACAAGUAGCCAUCUUGGAUGGUCCUCUUUCAUGUCCUCUUCAUACCCACAAGCGGUCCUCUUUCACGUCCGUUGGUGCAGUACUCAUUUUGUCCGCCAGAUGGAGCGCCAUCCACAGAGACUGGGGGUCGGAGGGCUGAUAAAACCCUAUGAGAAAAACCAUGCCAAAAAAGUAAACAGUCUGUUGACAACAGAUAGAGAUGUUAUUCAUUUCACACAUUUGACAUCAAAACAUUUCUACAAUAUAGAAUAAAUGACAAACCAUGUUCAAAUACAACAACCAUGUUCCCAGACUGAGAAGACAAAGUUGAAAGCAGACAACUGACAGACUCCAGAAUGGAGGGAAGUGAAGCAGUUUUCAUAAAAAUGGCUUGCACUUCACAUUACAGCAGCACGGAAUAAAGUGUUGGUAAGAAUAACAUACGGUUGGUAACAAGUUAUAGCUAGCUACUCAGUCUCACAAUAAAGUGCAACCGAACGUGUGUAGCUAGUCUGAAAGUAGCCAAUUCGCUCCGGUACACAGCGAAGAGGCUUGUCUGAAUGGAGAUGCGUAGCUAAUUUAGGCAUUUAAAACAGCUGUAGCUAUAACCAAUUAAUCACCACACAAGUAUUUGAUAAAGCCAGGGUAAUUUACCUACGGCAGUCUACCUUUCGCAAAGAUAUAACUUUCGGGGUCUGGUUCUGGUGGUACAGUCGAUCAAAUGGCAGAUGGUUCAAUGUCAAUCAAUACUCAAGGCGCCCUCUCACUAGUCUGGUCGUCACAAAGUCAUAAUCAUGACUAAAACCCGGCCAUUUCUAGAAUGUAUCUUAAAAUGUGAUUUUAAACCUAAAUGUAACCCUAACCUUAUCCACACUGCUAACCUUUUGCCUAACCCUAACCUUAAAUGAAGACCAAAAAGCAAAACAAAUGUGCCUAUUUUUUUUUCUGUGGAAUCUGAAUUUGUGGCUAUGGAAGCUAACGGAAACCCACUAGGUCUGGCUCAGUGAUCUGGCUACACCUUACUCCAAGUCCUGUGAGUCUAGGUUACCACUGAUUAUCCAUUAUAUUGACAGGAUACUCUAGUGGCCGCUCUAACAAUGACAAUUAAUAUCUUCAUAAAUGGAAGGCAGUCAGGAGGAGGCAAGAUCCGGUGGGACCAUUAUAGCCACUGAGAGGGCAGAUACGAGUGUGACAACAGGCACAGCGCUGGUAUAAAGUGAUACAAUCCUAUUCUCUCUUGGAAUGUGAAAGGCCUAAACUCGUCUAUUAAACGUUCCAGCUGUCUCGAUAUCCUAGCAAGAAAACAUAUUGACAUGGCAAUGUUGCAAGAGACACAACUAUUGAAUCCGAAUCAGGUGAAUUACUAUCAGAACCAAGGAUUCUCCCGUUUCGAUGAAGAAUUGCACACCUCUGUUUGUAAAUCCACACCCAAACCAGAUUGUAAUUUUUAAAAGAUAUAAGAACUCUUCUUCUCUCAACUGAGGAAGCCGGUUUUGCUGGGAGCCCACAUCUCUUUCCGUGAACUCGAAAGGGCAUUGGAUAACAUUAAUAAAGGCAAAACACCUAGUUGUGACGGUAUUCCUCCUGAGGUCUAUUUGAUUAACACAGCCGUUCGCAAAGGCUAAUUUGGAAGGGAUGUAAAUACAGCACUAAAUUUCAUUUUUAUUUUUAAAAAGGUAAGGACGCCACCCAGUGUCUUCAGUAUCGCCCACUAUCUUUGAUACACAUAUUGAACUAUUUUCUAAAAUUCUGUCGUCUCAAAACUUUCUUACCCAAAUUGGUACAUCUGGACCAAAGUGGGUUUGUUAAAAAAAACGAUUAUCCUCAGAUAACCUCCGUCUGCUACAUGCUUCAUCAGAAACAGCUCCUUGGGCAGGUCUAUCUCUCAACGCAGAAAAAGCUUUUGAUAGACUAGAAUGGUCAUUUCUUUGGUCGGUUUUGGAACAUAUGGGACUUGGCUACAAUUUCAUUAAUAUGAUUAAAAUACUAUAUUCCGAUCCCUGAGCCAUAGCAAUGACAGGCAAUACCUGCUCUGUUCCGUUCAGAAGAAAAAGCAAUAUCUCAGACUGGCCAAUAAAAAGAAAAUAUUAAGAUUAAGCCUCUUCCUCUCUGAGAACCCUAUCACCACUAUAGUCUACAUACAUACAUACAUCUGAAGAUGGUUGACAUGUAAAUAUCCAUCCUAGCUAUCUCGCUAAUGCAGUGUCCUAACUAUCUCGCUAAUGCAGUGUCCUAGCUAUCUCGCUAAUGCAGUGUCCUAGCUAUCUCGCUAAUGCAGUGUCCUAGCUAUCUCGCUAAUGCAGUGUCCUAGCUAUCUCGCUAAUGCAGUGUCCUAGAAAUCUCUCUAAUACAAAACAUUUUUUCUAAAGGUGUCUCAUUAUGUCCGCUAGGUGGUACCAGGUAAUUGCACAACUACAGUCUGUGUAUGUAGUUGAUUUACUAAUCCUUAGGCCACAUGUCCUCCCCCAGGAGUCUCUGCACCAGGAUGCCUUUAAUCAUCUAUAAAUCCUCUAUCAAUAAUAUACUGAACAAAAAUAUAAACGCAACAUGCAACAGUAUCAAAGAUUUUACUGAGUUACAGUUCCUAUAAGGGAAUCGGUCAAUUGAAAUAAAUAAAUUAGACCCUCAUCUAUGGAUUUCAAAUGAAUGGACAGGGGCGCAGCCAUGGAUGGGCAUGGAUCCACCCACUGGGGAGCCAGGCCCAGCCAAUCAGAAUGAAUUUUUCCCCAUAAAAGGGCUUUAUUACAAACAGAAAUACUCCUCAAUUUCAUCAGCUGUCCGGGUGGCUGGUUUCAGUUGAUCCUGCAGGUGAAGAAGCCGGAUGUGGAGGUCCUGGGCUGGCAUGGUUACACAUGUUCUGCGGUUGUGAGGCUGGUUGGACGUAGUGCCAAAUUCUCUAAAACUACGUUGGAGAUGGCUUAUGGUAGAGAAAUUAAACAUUCAAUGACCUGGCAACAGCUCUGGUGGCCAUUCCUGCAUUCAGCAUGCCAAUUGCACGCUCCCUCAAAACUUGAGACAUCUGUGGCAUUGUGUUGUGUGACAAAACUGCACAUUUUAGAGUGGCCUUUUAUUGUCCCCAGCACAAGGUGCACCUGUGUAAUGAUCAUGCUUUUUUAAUCAGCUUCUUGAUAUGCCACACCUGUCAGAUGGAUAGAUUAUCUUGGCGAAGGAGAAAUGCUGACUAACAGGGAUGUGAACAAAUUUGUGCACAAAAUUCGAGCAAAAUAAGCUUUUUGUGCGUAUGGAACAUUUCUGAGAUCUUUUAUUUCAGCCCAUUAAACAUUGGACAAACACUUUACAUGUUGCGUUUAUAUUUUUGUUCAGUGUAGUUCAGAGACUGAGGGGGGAAAGUGGAUGCUAAGGUCACAAAAAGUAAGAUAAAAUAUUGAUGCCACCAGCUUUCCCCAGUCGUAUAACAAGCCACCUACUGUGUGUUUUCUGCUCUCUCACACACACACACACACACACACACACACACGUAGGAAAGCAGACCGUCUGAGUCGUCGCUCCCCACUGUGGGAUACAGGAGGCUGAAGCACUUUGUGUGACGACAGUUUACGCGCAAACACACAUGUACAAAACAGACUGUCUAAGGUAGUGGUAUUCAAAGUUGGGGUCGCGAGGGAACUGCAGUGAGGUCGCCAAAAUCCACAAAAAUAAGAAUAAUAAAUGGGGGGGGGAACAAAUGAAAAGCACAGAUUAUUGUAUGAGACAAUAUACAACCGUUUUUUGAAAAAGCUCAUUUUAUUGAGUACAUUUAUUGGCUUCUUUUCAUUUUGAUAAGAGAUUAAAAUGCAAUGAAUUUAACCUUAUUUGUUAAUGUAAAAAUCUAAAUUUACCAAUUUUUAAGGUUGCGUCAUUAGACUCGGGGUGUGGUGGGGUGGCAAGACAUUCUUGUGGAAAAAAAUAAUGGGGUCCCUGCUGAAAAGGUUUAAAUAACACUGGUCUGUCUGUCUGUCUGUCUGUCUGUCUGUCUGUCUGUCUCCCCUUAGAUCAGGGAGACAGACAGACAGACAGACACGCAUCACCAGGAAGCCUAUCUCCUCUUUUUAACCAGGAGUCUCUGUAUUUAGACUGUAUUCACUAUCUAUCUAUGUUCUCUCUCUCCAGGAGUCCUUACAGCAGAAGAACCAGGAUGUCUUUAAUAAUCUAUAUAUCUCUGUUAACUCAGGAGUCUACAGCAGAAGAACCAGGAUGUCUUUAAUAAUCUAUAUAUCUCUGUUAACCCAGGAGUCUACAGCAGAAGCACCAGGAUGUCUUUAAUAAUCUAUAUAUCUCUGUUAACGCAGGAGUCCUUACAGCAGAAGAACCAGGAUGUCUUUAAUAAUCUAUAUAUCUCUGUUAACCCAGGAGUCUACAGCAGAAGCACCAGGAUGUCUUUAAUAAUCUAUAUAUCUCUGUUAACUCAGGAGUCUACAGCAGAAGCACCAGGAUGUCUUUAAUAAUCUAUAUAUCUCUGUUAACUCAGGAGUCUACAGCAGAAGCACCAGGAUGUCUUUAAUAAUCUAUAUAUCUCUGUUAACUCAGGAGUCUACAGCAGAAGCACCAGGAUGUCUUUAAUAAUCUAUAUAUCUCUGUUAACUCAGGAGUCUACAGCAGAAGCACCAGGAUGUCUUUAAUAAUCUAUAUAUCUCUGUUAACUCAGGAGUCUACAGCAGAAGCACCAGGAUGUCUUUAAUAAUCUAUAUAUCUCUGUUAACUCAGGCGUCCUUACAGCAGAAGAACCAGGAUGUCUUUUAAUAAUCUAUAUAUCUCUGUUAACCCAGGAGUCUACAGCAGAAGCACCAGGAUGUCUUUAAUAAUCUAUAUAUCUCUGUUAACUCAGGAGUCUACAGCAGAAGCACCAGGAUGUCUUUAAUAAUCUAUAUAUCUCUGUUAACUCAGGAGUCUACAGCAGAAGCACCAGGAUGUCUUUAAUAAUCUAUAUAUCUCUGUUAACUCAGGAGUCUACAGCAGAAGCACCAGGAUGUCUUUAAUAAUCUAUAUAUCUCUGUUAACCCAGGAGUCUACAGCAGAAGCACCAGGAUGUCUUUAAUAAUCUAUAUAUCUCUGUUAACUCAGGAGUCUACAGCAGAAGCACCAGGAUGUCUUUUAAUAAUCUAUAUAUCUCUGUUAACUCAGGAGUCUACAGCAGAAGCACCAGGAUGUCUUUAAUAAUCUAUAUAUCUCUGUUAACUCAGGAGUCUACAGCAGAAGCACCAGGAUGUCUUUAAUAAUCUAUAUAUCUCUGUUAACUCAGGAGUCUACAGCAGAAGCACCAGGAUGUCUUUAAUAAUCUAUAUAUCUCUGUUAACUCAGGAGUCUACAGCAGAAGCACCAGGAUGUCUUUAAUAAUCUAUAUAUCUCUGUUAACUCAGGAGUCUACAGCAGAAGCACCAGGAUGUCUUUAAUAAUCUAUAUAUCUCUGUUAACGCAGGAGUCCUUACAGCAGAAGCGCAGCCAGCUGUGUAGUCAGCAUGAGGAUGCCAGGGAGCUGAAGGAGAAUCUGGACCGGCGGGAGCGUGUGGUUCUGGACAUCCUGGGUGGGUACCUGACCGGGCCACAGCUUAGAGACUACCAGCACUACGUCUGUAUGAGGACCAGCCCUGCUGAUCCGACAGAGACACCUGGACGAGCUCAUCAAGCAAGGGGACGAGCAGCUCAACAGGCUGAUGGAGAGUAUCUCUCCCGGGGAGUCAGACCAUCAGGGGCCUCCUGGGCACCAGCAGGCCCAGUUUUGCUCCCCUAACCCAGGGUUAGGCCCCAGGGGUGCCAGCCCUGACCUUGGUCCUAACCAUGGUGUCCGCUCCACCACUGUAACAUCACUGUGA